GCAGUUGGGAUUGGAGCGGUGAGGAGGGAGAGCCGCGCUGAGCUCAAAUUAAAACAGAUAAACUGCUUCAGGUAGCGCAGAGCUCGAGCUUCGGCCUUUAUACUCAGAGUUCUGCAGCUCCCGGCCUGCGGAGGACCCUCAGACAUGGCGGAUAAAGAAGUGUACGACGAUGCUGUAGAGGAGCGGGUCAUAAACGAAGAAUAUAAAAUAUGGAAGAAAAACACACCCUUUCUCUAUGACUUAGUCAUGACACAUGCACUUGAAUGGCCAAGUUUAACAGUGCAGUGGUUGCCCGAUGUGAACAGGCCAGAGGGCAAGGACUAUGCAGUUCACAGACUGGUAUUGGGGACACACACUUCUGAUGAGCAGAACCACUUGGUGAUUGCCAGUGUUCAGAUCCCAAAUGAUGAUGCUCAGUUUGACGCAUCGCAUUAUGACAGUGAAAAAGGAGCAGAGUUUGGUGGAUUUGGGUCUGUGAGUGGCAAGAUUGAAAUUGAGAUUAAGAUCAAUCAUGAAGGAGAGGUGAACCGAGCCAGGUACAUGCCACAGAACCCCUGCAUUAUUGCCACAAAGACCCCUACUUCAGACGUGCUGGUGUUUGACUACACUAAACACCCUUCCAAACCAGACCCCAGCGGUGAGUGCAGCCCAGACUUGAGACUCAGGGGACACCAGAAGGAAGGCUAUGGUUUGUCCUGGAACCCCAACCUAAGUGGAAACCUGCUCAGUGCAUCAGAUGACCAUACAAUUUGUCUAUGGGACAUCAGUGGAUCUCCUAAGGAAGGAAAGAUUGUAGAUGCCAAGACUAUCUUCACAGGCCAUACUGCAGUGGUGGAGGACGUGUCUUGGCACCUUCUCCAUGAAUCACUUUUUGGCUCGGUUGCUGAUGACCAGAAACUCAUGAUUUGGGACACAAGAUCCAAUAAUACAGCCAAGCCUAGCCACGCAGUGGAUGCCCACACCGCUGAGGUGAACUGCUUGUCCUUCAACCCCUACAGUGAGUUCAUCCUGGCCACUGGUUCUGCAGAUAAGACUGUGGCGCUUUGGGAUCUACGUAAUCUGAAGCUAAAGCUUCACUCCUUCGAGUCGCACAAAGAUGAAAUCUUUCAGGUUCAGUGGUCGCCCCAUAAUGAGACCAUUCUGGCUUCUAGUGGGACAGACAGGCGACUUAACGUGUGGGACUUGAGCAAAAUUGGAGAGGAACAGUCUGCUGAGGAUGCUGAAGAUGGGCCUCCUGAAUUGCUGUUUAUUCAUGGAGGGCACACAGCAAAAAUAUCUGAUUUCUCAUGGAAUCCCAAUGAACCCUGGGUGAUCUGCUCUGUGUCUGAGGACAACAUCAUGCAAGUUUGGCAAAUGGCUGAGAACAUCUACAACGAUGAGGAACCCGACACUCCUGCCUCAGAGCUCGAGAGUCAAGCUUCGUAAACUUUGAAUCCACCAUGGAAUAGCAGGGUUCACAUCUCCCAAGACUGAAGUACCAACCAGGAUUCAUCCUUUGUCAAUCGAUUUGGAUGGAUUAAAUGAAACAAUAAAAAUGGCUGUAUUUCAGGUCUUCAUCCAGAGACCAAUUCCAAAUAAACCAGUGCUGGAUUUAAUUUCCCCCUCUUUUUUUCAGAAAGUAUUAUUCAGUUUCCUUUCUAUCCCUCUGCACUCUAAACUUCAGGUUUGUUUGGAACUUUCCUUUUGAAACAGUAAACCACAUUGUGUCAAAUAGGUGUUUUCUAGGAUUGCCAAGUUAUUGGGCAGUUUUUGAUGCUUUUGUUACAAAAAGACGGUGAAAGUUUGUUGCUUUCAGAAAAUGCACUUGAGUGGACGCUGCUGUUUGAAUCAUUUUUUUCUAAAUUGGAGCAGAGUAAAGCAGUUCUCCAACCCAUUUUUAGUUUUUGUGCGUAAACCUUGUCAACUGCAAUAAAAAUCUUUUGUAAUACCUUUUAAAAUGAUUGCUCAUUUUGUAUUCCUAAAAUGUUAAUGGUUACCAUAAUUCCACAAAGGAAUAAAGUACAAAUGAUA